CUCUCUCUCUCUCUCUCUCUCUCUCAAAAUAGCAAGUUAGCAACUACAAGCUCUUCCAUGGAGUUUAGAAUUUACUGAAUUCUCUUCCAAAUUUAGCUGUCUGCCUCAACCCCCAUAAUGCCACACUAUACCUACUAUCUACCUUUACACUGAGCUAAUGAUGAUUCUCCAGUAAUGACCUAUAUAUAGCUUUGAGCUCAUUGAGCUUUUGGAACUAUAAACAAUCAGCUUGAUCCUUGGCUACAAGUGCCUGAUAGUUUUCCCCAUGAAUUGAAGUGGGCUUUAGUUGUGAUCCUUUUACUUGUAAUGGAGUCUUGGAGCCGUAUUUCUGAAGGGAAGGGGUUUGUUUCAGAUGAAACAAUUUCACACACUGAUUCAUUUUCUAGAAGUAGAAAUGCUUUGAUGGGUUGGGAGUUGAAAAUCCCCUGUACUUUUGGCAGCAAUGUUUUAGUGUCAGGCCAGCAAGCUAUUGAAAGUCAAGGUUUUGGGGAGUUGGGUUUUCCAGAAAUGAUGGGCAAACAUUUCUCAAAUAAUCCAAUUAGAGAUGUAUUGAGUGGCAGGGUUUAUGGUGAAAGAAGUACUAAUACAACAAGUAUGGCUACCCCAAAUUUUUUUUCAGGAGAAGAUGAAUCAUCUUCAAAGCUUUCAAGCUCUAUUGUGGACUCUAACAGUAGGGAUUCUUCACUCAUUGAUUUAAAACUAGGGAGGUUGGCUGAUAACAGAGAUUUCCGUGAUUCUAAAUUUUCUAAAGGACAUCCCGUAUUGUCUUCAUCCGAAUCAUCGACACCUCCAAAGCGAAUGCGGGUGUCAGGAUUGUAUUCUCAGACCGCCUACUGCCAGGUUUAUGGUUGCAACAAGGAUCUCAGCUCCUCUAAGGACUACCACAAGAGGCAUAAAGUUUGUGAGGCUCACUCAAAGACGGCCAAAGUUAUUGUGAAUGGCAUAGAACAGAGGUUUUGUCAGCAAUGUAGUAGGUUUCAUUUGCUGACUGAGUUUGAUGAUGGUAAGCGUAGCUGUCGUAAACGCCUUGCAGGACACAAUGAGCGUCGGAGAAAGCCUCAAGUGGGGAUUCACUCUGGAAGAGCUGGCAGCAGAUUUCAGGAUAAUAUGUUAACAACUGCAUCUUUUAUCUGCCAAGAGAUACUCCCCAGUGGAAUUUUGGAUGCUGAAAAUUAUGGAACAAGUGACUGGUGCAGGCAUAUAAAAGUUGAAGAUGGGACUCAUUAUAGGCCUUUGUCAGGGGUUCCUGUUACAAAUGGGCAUCUACCUUCGAAACCAGUCUUUCCUUCUUAUGAUAUUGGAAAAUGGUAUCCCCCAUUUCAUGACAAUGGAACUAAUCCUCUAACUGGAAACAUAAUCAUUGAGAAUGGCAAUCAAUAUUCACAUGAUAUGAGAGGCCUAAAUUAUGGUUCACACUCUAUGUUUCAUGAGACCACCACAUUAGGAAGUGAAGACUUCAAUGUGUUCAACACUGCUUCAACUGUACAUGGAUUAUCGGGAAUUUCAGACUCUGGUUGUGCUCUCUCUCUUCUGUCAUCUCAGUCACAGAAAUCUUCAAGCCAUUUGUCAGGAAUUCCCAUGGCUCGUCCCCUGGUCAUGCCGGUCAGCCAUACCAAUUACAGGCCGGUUCAAGGUUCUGAAAAUCUUAUUGGGGGAUGCUCACAUGCCUCCUCAAGUGGGGUGUCAAAUAAAUUCCCUUCUUCAGGAAUGAAUUCUGGAGCUGGGACUCACCUGGGUCCCAUACUUCUAUCUAAUGGCAGUGAUACUGAUCAUUUUGGAAUCUCAGAUGAGAUUUUCCAAGGAUCAGAUUUCUUGAAUGCCAAAGACCGUCUAUCCUGCGAAGAUGGGACCACUAUCGACUUGCUUCAGCUUUCCUCACAGCUCCUACGAGUAGAGGAUCAACGGCAAUCCAUGCAGGUGAAGCAGGAAAGUGAUGCUUUCUGCUGCCUCAGAAUCACUUAAGUGAUCUGCAAAUUAGGAAACAAGGUGCAAAAGCAUGUGGCACUUGGGAACAAAGCUACCAUGGAUCUCCUUGAGAGACAUUGAUAGUA